GUGUCUGAAAAGUUCAUUGUUGAGGGCUUAAGAGAGUUCGAACUGUUUGGAGAGCAGCCUCCGGGUGACUCUCGGAGAAAAACAAAUGAGGCGAGCUCCGAGUCGAUAGCUUCUUCCCCUAAAAGGGACACCAUGAGCAACUUCCUACCAGACAGCAGCUGUUACGAGUUGCUCACUAUCAUAGGCAGAGGCUUUGAAGACUUGAUGGUUGUGAACCUGGCCAGGUAUAAACCCACAGGAGAGUAUGUCACUGUCAGAAGAGUGAACCUGGAGGCCUGCACGAAUGAAAUGGUCACAUUCUUGCAGGGGGAACUUCAUGUUUCCAAGCUUUUCAACCACCCUAACAUUGUGCCGUACAAAGCAACUUUCGUAGCUGACAAUGAGCUAUGGGUAGUGACAUCUUUCAUGGCCUAUGGUUCUGCAAAAGAUUUAAUCUGUACCCAUUUUAUGGAUGGGAUGAGUGAACUGGCUAUUGCAUAUAUCCUCCAAGGCGUAUUGAAAGCACUUGACUACAUCCACCAUAUGGGCUACGUACAUAGGAGUGUUAAAGCCAGCCAUAUCCUGAUCUCUGUAGAUGGGAAGGUGUACCUCUCUGGUCUGCGAAGUAAUCUAAGUAUGAUCAACCACGGGCAGCGACUCAAAGUUGUUCACGACUUCCCCAAAUACAGCAUCAAAGUCCUGCCUUGGCUCAGUCCUGAAGUCUUGCAGCAGAAUCUCCAGGGUUAUGAUGCAAAAUCUGAUAUUUACAGUGUAGGCAUAACAGCCUGUGAGCUGGCAAAUGGACACGUACCAUUUAAAGACAUGCCUUCUACUCAGAUGCUCUUGGAGAAGCUGAAUGGAACUGUUCCCUGCUUGCUAGACACCACAACAAUUCCUGCUGAUGAGCUGACUAUGACAAACUCCCGUUCAAGUGCUAACUACGGGAUGGGCGAGAGCAUGGCUAUUAGCAAUGUGAGAGCGGCCAACGGAGAGCCAACCCUGCACCCGUACCUUCGGACCUUCUCCACCUACUUCCAUAACUUUGUAGAGCAGUGCCUCCAGCGGAACCCCGAUUUCAGGCCAAGCGCAGGCACUCUGCUUAGUCAUCCCUUUUUCAAGCAGAUCAAGCGCCGUGCUUCUGAAGCGCUCCCUGAACUUCUGCGCCCCGUCACCCCGAUCACCAAUUUUGAAGGAACACGGCCCCAGGAUCCCAGUGGCAUUUUUGGGCUGGUGUCAAACCUGGAGCAGCUGGAUGUGGAUGACUGGGAAUUCUAGAAAAACAGGGACUAUACCCCGUUCUGGAGGAGCUUUCUGGACACUGUAAUUUAUUGGUCCUGUUCAUAAAA